GCUCAAAUGAGUAGCCGUAGUCGGCCGGAAUGUGAGCCGAGGAGGAUUAUGGGAAAAGAUGGCGGCCGUCUCUAAUCCCUGGCUUGUUCGGGCUUUGCCAAUGUCACGUUCUGCUAUUACUGCAGUAGCCACAUCUGCAUUUCAUGGCAUUCCUUACCGCCAGCUCCAUCACGCAGUCAUCCCUCAUGGCAAAGGUGGGCGUUCCUCUGUCAGUGGAGUUGUGGCCACUGUGUUUGGAGCAACAGGAUUCCUGGGACGAUAUGUUGUCAACCACCUUGGACGGAUGGGAUCACAGGUGAUCCUGCCUUAUCGAUGUGAUACUUAUGACACCAUGCAUCUUCGACCCAUGGGUGACCUGGGCCAGAUUAUCUUUCUGGAAUGGGAUGUGAGAGACAAAGAGUCUAUCCGAAGAGCCGUGCAGCACAGCAAUGUGGUCAUCAACCUUGUCGGACGAGACUGGGAAACCACAAACUUUGAUUUUGAGGAUGUUUUUGUGAAGAUUCCCCGAGCAAUAGCUCAAGCAUCCAAGGAAGCUGGAGUUGAAAAACUAAUUCAUAUUUCUCAUCUGAAUGCUGACAUUAAAAGCUCUUCUAGAUACCUGAGAAAUAAGGCUGUUGGAGAGAAAGAAGUGAGAGACGCAUUUCCAGAAGCCACUAUCAUAAAACCGUCAGACAUCUUUGGAAGAGAGGAUAGAUUCCUCAAUCAUAUUGCAAGUACUCGUUGGUUUAUUGGUGUGCCUCUUGUUUCCUUGGGCAUGAAGACAGUAAAGCAACCGGUGUAUGUUGUUGAUGUGGCUAAAGGAAUUAUUAAUGCAGUUAAAGAUCCAGAUGCCAAAGGAAAAACCUUCACUUGUGUUGGGCCUAAUCGGUACCUCCUCUUUGACCUUGUGCAGUACAUCUUUGCUGUAGCUUAUAGACCCUUUCUCCCAUACCCCAUACCCCAUUUUGCCUAUCGAUGGGUGGCAAGGCUCUUCGAGAUGAGCCCAUUUGAGCCCUGGACAACGAGGGAUAAAGUAGAGCAGAUUCACAUCACAGAUAAGAUACUGCCUCACCUGCCCGGCCUAGAAGAUCUUGAUGUUCAGCCGACGCCGCUGGAGCUCAAGGCCAUCGAAGUGCUGCGGCGCCAUCGCACUUACCGCUGGCUGUCAGCUGAAAUUGAGACUGUGAAGCCCGCCAAGACGGUCAACUUUUAGUGGCCUUGAGCAGCCCUUGGUUUUGGUGUCACUCAAGUCACCUGGCUCUCAAGAGCCUGUGUUCUUUAGAGGGUCCUGUACCGAGUGCUAAGACCCCUCUAUUAAAACAUCUGUGUUUAGAUAGCAGCGUUCUCUUUCUCGAUUUGUAAAAUAAAAAAUCCCAGCCAUUUAGAA